CGGUAACACAUGUGACACCAAAGACUCGACUGCAGGAGUCUAUAUUAAAUAAUUUUAAUCACGUGGAUCCUUCACAUUCCCAGAGAUGGGGGGUCUCACGUACAUGUCAGAUCAUACUAUGGUAAUCACAAUCCCUUUCUCAAUGUUCAGCGAUGAGACAGAGGAUGUCAAGGUGUUGGAGACAUUUAACUGCGUCUUUAAAGAUGCCUACAAGGUGUUUCUCAAAGGGCAGCCGAAAGCUUUAGGGACAGCUCAGAUAUUCAUUGGAUUGCUAAGCAUCAGUUUUGGACUGUUACUGUAUCAGUAUGAUAUAGGAUCUCUCUUAUCCACUCUUCCCAGUAUGCUGUUCAUUGUUUCUGGAACUUUGUCAUAUUCUGCAGGAAGUGCUCCAAACAUGUUAGUGAUGAAGACAUCAUUCGUCAUGAACAUUUUAAGUUUCUUCUGGUCUAUAGCUGCUUUAGUUCUGACCAUAAUUAAUGUUCCUUGCACACGUCAAUCAGACAGCAAUUGUGAAACCAUCAGAAAUAUGAUCAGAGGAAUACAAAUAAUGAACGCAGCUCUCCUAGUCCUUGAGGUGGUUAUCGAUGUGGUGUUGCUGCACUGGGAAAGCAAGGCUGUGUUCCGUCCGCACUUUAAUGUUCUGCCUGUGAUUUAUUUGAAGCAAGAUGUAGCUGAGAGAUCAACAGCACAUCCCAGCUCCUCUUCAAAAUAAUCGCCUAACUGCGGAACUGUAUGGCGCUUUAGAAUAUUAUAAACUGUGCUUGAAUGACUGCAGAGAGAACAGGCUUGCACUGUGGACAGUGCUCUCAAAAUGCUUUAUAAUGUCUAUAUACUGUAUGUUUUUAUACGUUAGUGGUCAAGCGCUAGACUGUCGCAGAAUAAUCCAAAAUCCUUUGCUCUAAAAGAAAUAAAAAUUUAAAGGCAGGGCAAAAUUACAAUACAAAAGAGAUUUUGUUUUAUUUUUGUCCAUUUACGCAGUUCUAUCAAAAUAGAGAUAACUCAAUGUUAGCAGGAAACCAGCAAAUGUUUCACUGCACCCAUCAGUCACCAGGUUAUAAUCCAGAGAGAACCGCAGUAAAUGUCUGUAAAUAGUGUUAUUCAGAAAGACGCUGUUUUAGAAACUAGUAGACGUUCCUUCAUUUGCAUAUUAAUAAAGAUAACGUUUUUCUCACUUUCACGAAAAUUUGAGUGAAGCGACUUGCUUAAGGCUAUAACGACAGUGUCUGAACGGGGAUUUUAAUCAAUAACAACGAGUUGUGGUAGUAAACCGAAAACCCUUUCCAUUACUACACACUGCCACCUAGAGAGACAAUGCGAUUCUUCACAAAAAUUCCCUUUUUCUUCGUUUGGGCCUUAUUUCACGGGAAUGGGAAAUCUCUUGGUGCGGUUACAAAGUGUAGCCGCUAGGUGCCUAUACUCUAAAUUACAUUUCAGCAGGCUUUCCAGGGCAAUAAAUUAAUAAAGGCCCUGGAAAAUUAAGGCAUCGCAUUCCAGUGCGGAUUCAGCCACUAGUUUGAAUUAGCGAGGAUGUAUCGCAGCUGAGUUCAACACAACCCCCUUUUUAAAGGAGUGGCUUAGGAACAACUGGCUAGGUUUUGUUGCAAAGAGUGUAGUGAACAAGGGCUAAGAGGGUCUGGUUAUUUUAGAUCCCUGCAUGUUACUAGUGUGUAGGAUACAGUUCUUUAACUGUGAGGAGUUAAUAACUAGGAGAGAACAGUAUGCUCUUUGCUGCCUUGGGUUAGGAAAGGGUUACUCUGCUAUAUUCUACAGCCAGUGCUGUGGAAAGGAACUAGAGAGUCUACAUAUAAACAAUUUCCAAAAAUGAGGGGUACUAGCAGAAGGAAGUAACAGUGCUGAGCACUUUUUUGAAUUUGAGAAUCUACCUACAACCAAAAUCUCUUAAUAUAUAGAAAUGAUUACUUUUAAAUGAUGUGUAGUGGUAAAAAUCUGUUUUUUCUUUGUCUACUUAAGAACUGCCCCAACUAUAGGUAUAAUAAAUAAGCUCUUUUUAAA